AAUUUCAAUAGUUGCCUCGCUGAACCUCUUUCACACUCUUUCGCUUUACUCUGAUCAAACAACAUGCAUAUUCCAGCCUACAUCACCGUUACGAACGACAGCUUGGACGAUGACAGCGUGAACUCGGAGAUACUCUCUCCCAGUCAAGAUCGAUCUUGCCGUGAGUGUCGAUGGGAGCAAAGACGUCCUGCGCGACGACAGAACAGUAUGCCAAGUUGCCCUCGUCGACGUGGAAGCCUGAAAGGAGCCUUGGAGGACUUGGACGAACCGGUCAGAGCUACUCUGCUGUCUCGAUCCAAGUCAUGCCGUACCCAGCAAACAAUGCCUCCAUCUGCCCCUCGGCGACGAAAGAGCAUCACUCUUGAUUUGGAAGAAGACUCGGAUGCAGAGAGCGCGAACUUUGUGGCGCCCCAGCAUCAGCACAGACUGAACAAUGACGAGGAGGCUGAGCUCAACAGUGCUAUUUUGCAGCUGCUCUCGACCGCAUCUCGCUCAUCGGCGAAGACUGAUAUUCUUCCGCAUGUCCCCCGCCGACGUCAAAGCUUUCGACGAGUCGAUACAACCUCUCCGUCGCGGUGCUUUGCCCAUGCCGCAUAAACUUUUCCUCACAUACAUAAACGAUAAACACACAGGUUAACUUCC